CCGCCAGCCGCACCGAUAAAGGAGUUCAUGCCCGCGGACAAAAAUUUACUUUGCGGCUCGAUUUGCUUUUUUCCCAAGCGAGAUUGUUUAGUUUAUUAAAAAAAGUGCUUAGUAAAUAUGUUCUAGUUAAAAAGGUUCAAAAAGUAGAGGACAGUUUUCACCCUAUUCGCCAAGUUCUCCGUAAAGAAUACCGCUAUUUUAUUAAUGUUGGUAAAUACGAUAUCUUUCAAAAGAAUUAUCGCUGA